AUGUAUCCCGCCGACUACAUCACCAACAUCAUCAUCGAGAUUAGUAGCUACCUGUCCACCCUUGUGCAGCAGAGCACACUAUUUGGUCGCCCCGAGAACGAUCCCUACAGUCCCAGCCUACGCACUCUCCACGAUCGCCUUCAUAGCGGCCAUCUCAAUCCGACCCCCAUCCAGUCUCACGCCAACGAACAAACACGCAUCAAGGCUACCCUAGGUCAGCGUACCGUGAAGAAUGCCGUCCAUCGCCCGCUUGAAGACUUCGAAGACCUAUACUACGCUGUUCUUGCUCGCAUGCAAGACAUCCACCAAAUCCUCAGCGCACGUCUCGGUAGCGGUUUCAACACCGUUCACGAUCCCGUUUACCCCGACGGCCCUAAUAUCGCCGAUUUGUACACUAGCAUGGCCCAAUACUGGAAUGUCCUAAACGAUACCGCGUUUGUAAAAGCUAUCGACUCUGCCGUCCGACGCUCGAGGGUGAAGUGCUUGCACCAAGAGAUCUUAGCGCAGGUGCACAAUGACGAGAUUACGCAAGCAGAUGCCGAGGAGCUGUUGGUCGAUCUCUAUGACCCAGCCGAGUAUGACGGAAUUCAAGGUCUGGCUUGGGUGAGUGGGUGGGCGCCGAGUAUGGUCGCUGCGUGGCUGGAGGAGAAAUACCAUGUGGUCUUGGGUCUGGAGCGGGAAGGAGUAGAGAGCAAGAACCGUAUGGACAGAAAGAGAGCAAAGAUAGGAAAGAAGGUCAAGCAGCCGCAGCAUGAGCUGAAGUCGAUGAAGGAGGGCAAGAAAAUCGUCGAAGACUUGCACAUAGCUGGUCCAGUCAGUUUACAAAUGCAGGCAUAUACGACGGGGGGACACCAAGGCCUUGGGAGUCAGUCGCAUCAUGCGCUCGAAUGGCAAAGGAAGACCCAGCGUGUCUCAGAGUACAGUCAGUAUCUGAGGGGCAUGGCUAGUCGCGACGCCAGAUACAUGGUGCAAAGCACUGCCCUCAAUGACGGGCCCCACACAAGCAGCUCCAAUCCGCACUCUAGCAGCGAGGGUAUGAACAUGACAGGUGUUGACUUUUGA